UUUAGUUUAUUUUUACACCCAAUUGUUCCAGAUGGAGAUGAGCUCUACUCGUCACUUCAGUCUGAGUUUCUUUACAUUAGUCUACUUCGAGAACAAAAACAACAUACUUGUGCAACUUACAGAUUUUGAACACUACAUAGUCCCUUGGGUAUUGAGUUGAAACUCAGUAGCCGGCAAAGCUUGAGUAACCAAAUGAUGAUCAUCUGUACGAGUCGUGAAUUGCGAUGAUUACAUAAACUUGUAUUGAGACUGUAUCAUGUUUUUAUCAUGCUCGCUCUAGUAACGUCGGUCUAACGUAGCAAAAGUAGAUGUUUUCUUUUAUCAAAAAAAAAAAAAAAAUAGAUGUUUCUUUGAAUAUAAAACAGAAAUCAAAAGCAAAUAUAUUGUAAUUAAUUUCCAAACGAGGAAAUAAUACAACUUUUCUGUAUAUGGAAGUUGAUGAUUUUAGAGUCCACGCAACAGUGCCCUUUACUGUUUUGUUUUAAAAGAUUGGUGUGAUAAUUUUAUUGGCUUGUAACCAAAAUGGGCACUAAGAAAGAAAGCACCACCACUUCUAUAUGAUAAAAGGGAUAAUUUCAAGAAUCAAACAAAUUAAUGAAAUAUAUUAUCCUAGAUCACAACGAUACUUAAAACUGAUCUAUAUUAUCAUCUGGUUAACCUUAAUCACUUGUGAGAUUUAUAGUCUUCUCCCUUUAUCUAUCUUUUAUGGAUAAUAUCUUAUCUAAUAUGGACAUUUAGUAUGGUCUUAUCUAAUGGGUGAAAUUAGCAAAUUGUUGAAAAAUAGAUGCAUCCUUAUCGCCAACCAUUUUGAAAACUAUACAUAUAGUAUUUUAUAAGUAAUUCAGUAAUUGCUACUAUUAAUAUACCCAAAUAUUCAACAUUUGAUUUAACUCAAAAAAAAAAAUCCAAGCACGAUCUCCAACCACUCGAAUCCUCAUUGACGGAAGGCAAAAACAAAACAAACGGUCCACAAUAUUCCACGUUACGCUAACUGAUUGGUUACUAUAUUACAAGCAUAAAAAGUUUAAGAGUCUUUUUUACCAUUGGUCCACAUGUUGACACAAAUAAUGAAUAUCUAAUUAAAAAUAUAAUGUUAAAGAUAUAGAAUAAAAAUAAAAAAAUAAGAAAAUUAGGGAGAAGAAAGAAAAAAAAAGCUUUCACCCUUUAAAAUGGCGGAUCGUGUCGAGAUGGCAACAACACACUUGUCGUCUCGCCCAGCAGAGUCUCUGGUGGUUUCUCCGUUGCGAAACUAAAUUCUCGAGAGAUUUAAUUAGGUAAGGAAGCGAUUUAGAGUGAACCAACACAAGGAAUAUGGGAACUCACAUCAAUUUCAACAACUUAGGAGGUGGUGACCCUGGUGGGGAAGGAUUCAACCAGAUGAAGCCAACAGAUACUGCAUAUCCCUUGGCGAGACAGUCUUCGCUUUACUCACGAACGUUUGAUGAGCUUCAGAGCUUACUAGGUGGACCUGGAAAAGAUUACGGGUCGAUGAACAUGGAUGAACUCUUGAAGAGCAUAUGGACUGCUGAGGAAGCUCAGGCCAUGUCCAUGACCAUGACUUCUUCAGCUCCUACAACGAUGGUGGAACCUGGUGGGAAUCUCCAGAGGCAAGGCUCGUUGACAUUGCCUAGAACGAUUAGUCAGAAGACUGUUGAUGAGGUCUGGAAAUGUCUGAUCACCAAAGACGGUGGAGGUUGCAGCGGAGGAGGCUGUGGUGAGUCUAAUAAUGCGCCGCAGAGGCAACAGACAUUAGGGGAAAUGACACUUGAGGAGUUUCUGUCCCGCGCUGGAGUUGUAAGAGAAGAUAACAACUCUUCACAGCAUAUGGGUCAGGUCACUGGAAACAAUAACAACGGCUUUUAUGGUAACAACGGAGCUCCUGGGGGAUUAGGCUUUGAGUUUGUUCAGCCAAAUCAAAACAGCAUAUCAUUCAACAAUGGUACAAUGCAGCAGCAGCAGCAGUUUCAACAACAGCCACAACAGCAGUCACGACAGCAGCUGAAUCAGUCACAUCCUCAGCAGCAGCAGCAGAGGCUGCCUCAGACCAUUUUUCCUAAACAAGCAAAUGUUGCAUUUGCUGUCAACAAGAGUUUUAAUGGGGCUGUGAAUAAUUCAAUGAACAAUACUAAUGGUUUAGCUUGUUUCGGAGGAGCCGGGGUUGCUGUUGCAGCAACGUCUCCAGGGACAAGCAGCGCAGAAAACAACUCUCUGUCACCAGUUCCUUAUGUGCUUAAUCGAGGAAGAAGAAGCAAUACUGGUCUAGAGAAGGUUAUCGAGAGGAGGCAAAGGAGAAUGAUCAAGAACCGAGAAUCAGCUGCUAGAUCAAGAGCUCGAAAGCAGGCUUAUACCUUGGAACUGGAAGCUGAAAUUGAAAAGCUGAAGAAAGUGAAUCAAGAAUUGCAGAGAAAACAGGCUGAAAUGAUGGAAAUGCAGAAGAAUGAGCUGAAGGAAUCAUCGAAGAAACCGUGGGGCAGCAAAAGGCAAUGCUUGAGAAGGACGCUAACCGGUCCAUGGUAAUAUCAGAACAAAGCAACAAGAGAACCAGACACCACUUGGCAAUGGCAUGGUAUUAAUGUAAUAGAGAGAUAGUGCUACAUGUGCAGGAGAUUAAGAGAAUUUUAUUAAAUCUAGGUUACAUAGUAGGACAAGUUUUCAUUAUGCAUAAAAAACAUAUUUUGUUCCAUGGCCUUCAUUAGUCUAGUGUUUAGUCUUUAGAUGAUAAUCAUCCCUUUUGUGUUUUCUAGUUUAUUGUGGUUAAUAAAAAAACAUCCUUGUUUAUAUA